AUGGUAAGGUUUGAAAAUCUUGGACUCAGUGAUGGUACAUGGUUCGACAUGGGCAGAGUGCUGCAAGGGGUACACUUGAGCAACGAGGACCAAGCUGUUUCUGAUAUCCAUGAUAUCUUGAAGGCUUACUAUAAGGUGGCUAUGAAACGUUUCAUGGCCAACGUCGUGAUUCAGGUUUGCGAGCGAUACAUACUGAGAGACGGUGGCCCGGUGAAAACACUUUCACCUCUUUUGGUCGGCGAAUUUGAGGAAGACAAAUUGACGGAAAUUGCAGGUGAAAACUUUGCAACGGCGAGAAGGCGAAAUGAUUUGCUUUCCAAAGCGUCGCGAUCAUCGGUUGAGGGUGACUAUUGGCAUCACUGGGUGGGUGAAAGAGGAAUCGAACUUUGUGAUACCUGGCGAGUCAUUGGUGCCGACUCGGAAGUGUUUGCACUACGAUGGGAAAUAGAACCGCUGAUGAACCUGGGCAAUGCUAUCUCGGCACUAGUCACCAGCGCGGGAUGGUCUGUUGCUGGACGAGAGGUUCUAUCCCGCACCUUCUUCGCUACAAUCAUGAGCGCAGUGAUGUUGUCAAUGGGUCUCAUGAAAGUUGCCCGUAUUGUCCACAACCCGUUCAGCGUGGCAAAAUCUCGUGCUGAUAUAGCAGAAGUGCUUGCGGAUGCACUUAUCAGCAAGGUCCAGGGAGAAAGGCCCGUUACCCUGAUCGGCUACUCUCUUGGAUCCCGUUUGAUCUUCUCCUGUCUCCAGAGUCUGUCAAAAAGAGGGGCGUACGGGCUGGUCGAAUCGGUCAUCAUGAUGGGUUCUCCGAUCCCGUCAAAUGAGGAGCACUGGCGCCGCGUGCGGAGCGUCGUGAGCGGUCGGGUCGUCAACGUCUACUCCGAGAACGACUCCGUGCUCGCCUUUCUUUAUCGGACUAGCAGUUUCCAACUUGGUGUUGCUGGACUACAAGUAGUUGAGAACGUCCCAGGCGUUGAAAACCUCAAUGAGGCAGAGAAAUUACGACAUGAAGAGGAAGCUGGGGUGAAAGAUCCUGAGUCGUCUAUUGCCCGCGAGACCCUCAAUAGCCGUGAAGGAUUUGGAGAGGAAACGCGCAUGGAGAAGCAGGUCAAGUCUCGAACCGAGGAGAAUAUGACGCAGCAUCGCAUUGUGAUGAUGAAUGUGGACGACGAGGAUUAUAAGUCGCCUCUGAUGGACCAUCCUGGGAAACACUCUGCUAUCUAG